AUCAGAUUUAGCGCCGUAUUGUCGCGAAACUGUAGCCGAGUGUUGAGAGUAUCGUAUUUAGCUUGGUAAUUUCAAUUUCGUUCAGAAAUCAUUUCAAUGUGAGAAAGCACACCAGUUUGCGACAGUGGAGGACUGGAUCACUUUGCGACCUUGACGGCGCUCAUUUUCAUCAUUUUCAAUAAACUGGAUUAUUUUGAUGAUGGAUCUGUGCGAAACAAUUAGCGACGACUUCUAAUGAUGUUUAUAAUUAACAUGACUUUAGGAUAACAUCUUUUUUUCACGUUUGUCAAUUUCACGUUCCAGGGGAUUUGUGAAUGAGAAUGCUAUAGGUGGAUACGGUUAACAAUGUCAACGGAUUACGUCUAAUGACUGAGAAUGACGGAAAAGAGCUAGUGUAGGCUGGUGGACAUGAUUCAACUGAGCAGUAAUCACAUGUCUUCACCAAGCAAAUCCCCGCGGCGGAUCGUGCUGAACGUCGGAGGGGCGCGGCACGAGACCUACCUCUCGACCCUCCAGAGGAACCCGGACAGCCGGUUGGGCCGCCUGGCCGAGUACCACGAAGAGCUGACCGAGGAGAGCUGUGAUGAAUACUUCUUUGACCGCCAUCCCGGGGUGUUCUCGGCGGUUAUGGAUUACUAUAGAUCAGGAGAGCUACAUUACCCAAUGGACAUCUGUGGUUCCGUGGUUCGAAAGGAGCUUCGUUACUGGGAUAUCGACGAAGGGAACUUCGGCUCUUGUUGUGUUACGGAGUUUUCCCACUAUACGGACAAUAAUAAAAUUUUGGAUGAACUCAGGAAAAGUCUUGAGCAGAAACCCAACCCAUUUGGAAUACUGCCGCCCAUUACUGGAUUCGCUGGCGCCCGCUAUCGGAUGUGGCAGAUACUAAAUAAACCUCGUUGUUCAUUGACUGCAAUGGUAUAUGCAGCGAUCUCAUUCGCAGUUGUUGCCUUCUCCAUCAUGGGAUACUGCAUGGAAACAAUGGCGCCGUAUAUGCGUCACGUGAACAUCACGUGCCACGCCAAAACAGACAUCUCCAAAAUGGUGAUAUUUCGAAUGGAAUGGCUCCAAUGGCUGGAUAUCUGCUGCACUAUAUUCUUCAUCGCGGAGCUCUUUGCGAAGUUCGCCUGCUCGCCUCGUAAACUCCGGUGGUUACGCAAACCGAUGAAUAUCUUGGACGAGUUAGCCUUGGUACCUAGUCUGCUGCAAAUAGUGUUCCAUUGGUACCCAGAUCAUUGCAUCUUAUGGUACAAAAACAUCAUAGACAAUUUCAUGAUCCUUCGGAUUCUACGCAUCUUUCGUGUCUUUCACUUUCUCCGUCAUUACGGCCCAUUCCGCGUGUUACUCUAUUCCGUCAAGUCUGCUAUGAACGCAAUGGUGAUGUUGAUUGUCUUUCUCGGCGUAUCUGUCUUAUUUUUCGGCUCCCUGAUCUACCACGCUGAGCGUAUGAGCCCGGACGCCGGGAGUAAAUCGAACGAAUACCGCCACGAGUUUCCCGACCUCGCAACAGGAUUCUGGUGGGCUAUUAUAACGCUGACAACUGUAGGAUAUGGUGACAAGGCCCCAGAAACGGCAUUUGGGUACACAAUAGGUGCAAUAGUGGCAGUCAGCGGUCUUGUUAUCCUAUCUUUCGUAGUACCUAUAAUAUCAAACGAAUUCACAUUAUUAUACAACUUUGAUCAAGCAAUGAAAAACGUUCAUGCCAAUUGCAAAGUUCGCCGUAGACGAAAAACUUUGAGCGUGAACAACAGCGUGGCCUUUCGUACAUUGAAAAGACAAAGUAUGAAGCGACUUGGGCGGAAAUCAAAACAGAAACAUUCGGACCGCUCCGACUCAGUGGACAUGGAAUCUGCUUCUGAGUUGACGGAACCGGAACUACGUCAGCAUGAUGAGAACGAGAAUGAGGAACAUGAAGACGUCAGUGAGGAAACUGUUUUCGCCACCGAUAGGAGGCGUGUUGGCCUGAAGGAGAGUGACCUGUGAACUUGUGAUAGCGUCAAGGAUGCUAUACUCUGGUGGUCAUUCCAAUAAUUAGUCGUUAUUCGGCCCGUUACCUGCAGUGCGUGAUCACGUUAUUGGUAUCCAGGAACGUAAUGUGAGCACGUGAUGAUGUCAGAGAUAGUAGACUGUGAUCACGUGAUAAGUGUCAAGGAGAAUACUAGAAGUCUGAAAUCACGUGGUUUGCGUUAAGUACAGCAGUCUCUGAUCACGCGAUUAGUGUCAGAUAAAUAAGUCCUGGUUGGUGUUUUGCAAUGUAAUCUGAUCUCAUGUGAUCAGUCAAGAAUAAUAAUCUGAAACCACAUUUUUGGUGUCAAGGAAAGUAGCCUACUGUUAUGUGAUUGGUGUCAAGGGAAGUAGCCUGCUGUUAUGUGAUUGGUGUCAAGGAAAGUAGACUGCAGUUAUGUGAUUGGUGUCAAGGGAAGUAGACUGCCGUUAUGUGAUUGGUGUCAAGGGAAGUAGCCUGCUGUUAUGUGAUUGGUGUCAAGGGAAGUAGCCUGCUGUUAUGUGAUUGGUGUCAAGGGAAGUGUCUGCAAUCACAUGAUUGGUGUCAAGGAAAGUAGACUGCAGUUAUGUGAUUGGUGUCAAGGGAAGUGUCUGCAAUCACAUGAUUGGUGUCAAGGGAAGUAGCCUGCUUGUUAUGUGAUUGGUGUCAAGGAAAGUAGACUGCAGUUAUGUGAUUGGUGUCAAGGGAAGUGUCUGCAAUCACAUAAUUGGUGUCAAGGAAAGUAGACUGCCGUUAUGUGAUUGGUGUCAAGGGAAGUGUCUGCAAUCACAUGAUUGGUGUCAAGGGAAGUAGCCUGCUUGUUAUGUGAUUGGUGUCAAGGAAAGUAGACUGCCGUUAUGUGAUUGGUGUCAAGGGAAGUGUCUGCAAUCACAUGAUUGGUGUCAAGGAAAGAAAUCGUACUGGGCGGUUUGUGUCUCAAGGAAUGUAGGGUAAGAUUACGUCACUGGUGUAAAGGAAGUCUUUUUGGGAGAUUAGCCAGUUUAGCAGAGAGAAGUAAUCUGUGAUAGAGAUGACAGGAGUCAUCUCAAUGAAGAACAGAUCUCAGCCAAUCGUAAGAGGCAUAAAACUGCUAGUGUCUUCUGCUGUAGAAGGCGGCCGCAUUCUUUUACCCUGCAUUAUCAACUAAGCUUAGGGUGGUUCGUAACGCGCCUCCCAGUGUACGCCUCAGUAUGGUACCUUAUCUCAUACUCGCAUCUUUUCUACUAUGAUAAUCAUUGAUCGCCCAACAAAGAAUCUUUAUGAUUCAACCCUAUCAUAGAGUGUGAAACGAAAAACCUUUGCCUGUUCACAUCAGCACCGCAUCUGUAGUCACUUUAGUUGUAUUCGCCAUUCACGGAAGCUCUGUUGUUUCUAAGUGGCCUCAAAGAAAUUUAAGCUGGGCAUGAUAUUAAAGAGAAUUAUCGAAUUUCACGUCAAAUUACAUAUUCUUUUUUGGUUUCAAAUUUUACAUUUUAACUGAGCAGUCUAAUGUCUAUAUUUAGAUAAAGUUGUUUCGAUGAUAGAAACAUCAGAGCGGUUGAUUGGAAUAGAUUCGGAAUUGACAGAGGCAAGUUUCCUAUCUUAUUAAGCUUUCAGACAUGAAAAUAUAAACCACGUGCUUCAAAGGACGAAAUAAAGUAGAAAAUAUAAGUCGCUUCAAGCGUGUUUCGGUUUUGACAUGUUUGAUGGAAUAGUCAAUACAAAGCAGGAAUAGAUGGUCGAUCAAAAUACAUUUUAUUCCAGCCAGGGGUGCCAUUUGGAGUGCAGGGAAUCUAAGGGUAUGAAACGAAAACCAAUGAUUGUAGUUGUAGGCAGUUCAUGUGAAAUGGAAGAAACUUCCGUGUCUUAACGUGCAAAGAAGGGCUGAGAGCAGAAUGUAAAAGCAGUUUCCUCACAUAGUAGUACAUUUCUAUCUUUUUUAUACUAUUCGUUGGUAUAUUGUUUAGAUUAUCUGGGUGUUUUGUAUCGGUCGGUUGGUCUAUGAUGUUUUUAGUGUAUUUCUCUCUAUCCCAUGGCAAUGGAAACCGCAAUAUUUCUCAUCGAUGUUGUGGAACUAUAGGCGAUAAAAUCAUGAAUAUAGAGCCUACAUAUUGCAUUCCUCUAAUGCUAUUCCAUUGUAUAUAAAAAGAUACAAGGUUCAUUGCACAAUGUAUCAAUUGGUGACCACUAUUUAAACGCUUAUGCACUGUUUUGCUUUACGAAUUAGUUAUAAACUGUUGAUAUUGUGUUGUAUUUUGUAUUAUUAUCAAAACAAUAUACAAAAAAGUCAUGUAAAUAUAGAUUGGAAUGUGCAAUAUUAAGAAUUAAUAAGGUCGAAGAAUUUGUAACUCCUGUAGAAAAACCAAUUAAAAUUGUAUACUUUUAAAGAGUCGCCAUACGUUUUCUGACAUCUGGAUAAUUUUUCUCGUUAAUCAACCGUAAUGUUGUAACGAGUUCGGUAGGUUAAGCUUCAGAGCGAAUUGGUCGGUGGCGAUUUGAGCCGAAUGGAGAGCUGAAUUGGACUACCAAUGAAUGGAUUUCCGCCAAAAUGGACAUCCAUUAACUUGUUCCUGUAGUGAAAGCCCGUGAGAUUUUUAGGAUGAUUUCCCAGAAUAUCGAUGACCCGUGUUUGUGAUGAAGUUAUUAUUUUCAGCAAUAAAUUUGUAUUUCUUAUGAAUUAUUGUUGGGAAAAACUGUAAGUUUUGUCAGUAGUUUAUCAGAGGAAGUAAUCAUCUCUCAAUACAUGCAAAUCUGUUUCGUCUGUCUAAUGAGACAUUCUUUUUUAAUAAACUCGGCUCAGUUGAUCUAAGUGCCCCAUCAUGACCAUGAAGUGGUUGCAUAAUGAAGUUGUGCCAAUUUUUAUAUGUAACUUCGGGAGAACCAAGUAAAUCUAUGUAAUAUUGGACUUUAAGAAGAGAUUCACAAUGAUAUAUGGGCUGAUGGGCUAUACGUAUUGGACUUCUAUACUCCUUCUAAUAAACUGCAGGUAUUGUAUCGUAAUCGUAUACUAUGUUAAGAUUUUACAUGAUAAGACGAAAAAACUGCUGAUAUUAUUAUUAAUAGUAAAUCAGUAUUUUGAGCCCUUUAGUGUGUCGUCCUGCUGCCGCAAUGCCAUAGGAAGUGGAAUCUCCGCCGACGCCAAUCUUGACACUAGAGGCGCUGAUUUCGUUCCUUACAACGCCUUUAGAACUAGUAAGUUGCCACCAUCUUGAAAAGCAGUACCGCGGAUGUAGAUCAGGAAAGAAUCUUUCUAAUUGCUGUGAGGCUAUCGCAACACCACAAAGCCCGAUGCCCUACGCUGCGUUCGUAGUUCCCCGUACAAUCAUCUUAAAAUCGACUAGUCAGUGUCAAAUUUUAUUCAUAAAGAUCGUAUUUUGUUAUUUAUUAAUAAAAGAAAACGUUUUAUGAGAGAAAGUGGCACUUAUUCGGCCUGAAUGAGACUUACAGUCUGAACUGGCGACACAAUUUGUGACGUAGGAUUGUCAAAUCCCUGAAUCGCAGGAAUCUGACAUCCAAGAUG